AACCAACGUAAACAGCAGCCCCCCUCUCCCCCUCCUCCCCCCUCCUCCUCGUCUGCCUCUUCUUCCUCUCGGCUUUGCAGCGGCGCCAAAAGCGGGAGAAAAUGGCAAGCUCGGCUCGCAGCGAAGACCACUACUACGAAAGGAUAACGUCAGCUCAGCAGAGCAUACACGAAAGGGAGAAACGGAGGCUGGAGCUGGAGAGGGAGCUGUUUGCUUACUCCAGAUCUGAUAAAAGAGCCUUACAGAUAAAGUGUUCCAAACUGCGCAGUUAUCUCAAGGAAAUCUGUGACAGGGAAGCACGAGCGAAAAUGAGAAACCUUGAGCUUCUGAGAGAUGUGGAGUGCAUAGAAAUCAGCAUGAAGGAAUAUAGUCCUGACCAUGCCCCCCUCCAACAACAAAAGGCUGAGUGUUUGAAAAAGAUUUCCAAAUUUAUGGAAGCAAAGAAGAAAAUGGAGCGGGAACCAGCAAAGGCUGAAGCUGUUCGUGCACAGCACCAGGACAGAUACGUCUCUCACCCAGCUAAGGAUUUUAAACAAGCACCAGUGGAAAUUUUUAUGGGCCACCAGACCUCCAGAGGGCCUGAUGCAGAAGCUGGCAGCACAAGUGUACACUCACACCAAGCAUUGCAUCAUUCACCCAAUCGCAGCCUGCACUCCCGCGAACGUCUACCAAGUGGCCUUUUGAAGGACUUCACAGUCGGCGGAGAGGAUGCCGCCAGCAACCGAGCACAUUUAUCAGAUGACAUUUCAGGCUCAAACGAUUCCCCUGACGACGGUAAUUUGAGUGACAAACAUGAAAGAACGAUGGGGCCGCUCCCAUCUGUUCGUGCCUUAACAGGCACAGCUGGCGGUGUGGCUUUUGGAAGUGAUGAUGAACGGGAACCUUCACCUUUGGCGACCUUGACGGGGCCUGAGAAGAAUCCAUCUCCUGGCAGCAGUAGCCCGACGAGGGCUCAGAAUUCCAUCGCAGAACACACCGACUCCAAAGAGGUGGUUCGUGAGGCACGCACGAUGGAAGAUGAAGAGAGAGGUCAUGGCCAUUUGAUGCUAAAAACCACUUUCAGAAAAGAAGCUGAAGAGAGAACAGGUAAAAGUGAGAGUGUCAGCACACCGAGUUCAGAUAUGGAGUUGUCAGAGAGCACUGCUAGUGACCUGUCUAUUUCUCUGACACAAUCUGAGCUGGAGGAGGAUGCACCAGAGGGUGGGGCACCUGAGGGUAAUGAUACUCACGGAAGGCGUGAUCACAACCAGCACAGUCCAGAAUCGUCUUUGCAGUCUAAUGGCUCCAAGAAAACACUCCACUUAAACAGCAUAGCUGCAGUGGGGGCCUUGAAAAGUCUCUCCCAGGAAGGACUCUUUAAUCUGCUAGACAGCAUUGAAGGACGACUUCGCAGCGAACAGGCCAGUGUGUACGGGGAUUCUUCUGUCGAUGGACUCCAGCUCAGUAGAAUUAUCAGCCUUUGUGACGAUGGAGCGGACUUGAAUGACGAGGACCUUGGAGCGUGUGGAGCAGUCGUCCUUCAUGAGCUUCAGAGGUUGUCAUGGAGCACAGAAAAGGGCUGCCUGCUACCACAGGAUCUGGUGUGUGCUCAUCAGUCCAGCACCGAGCCUAAUGAAAUAAGCACCAGCCUCCCUCCUAAUGCUGCUCGGCUGUGGGAUCGCUGGUUCAAGCACGCCCUUGUGCUCAAGGAGCGCCGCGUCCUCAGCACUGAGCGCUUGGUCCAACUGUUCACGCCGCUGCUGCUCAGCCGUCAUGCCACCUACAGCCACCAGGCCAAAGUGCUGCUGAGGACACUUCUGUCCCGGUCCAGUGAGGAGUGCCCCUCAGCAGAGGACGAGAGUGACUUAUCUUCUUUAUGUGGUCCUCCUUCUCUCCUGGCUGAUGGGGAUGCGAAGCCUGCCAGGCCCGUACAGAAGCAACGGAUCCAAGAACUACAAAGUGCUGAAGAGGACAGCCAGGACGAAAGCCCUGUGGAAAGUGGUCCUAUUAGAGAGACAAAAGCAUAUCAGUUACUUAAACAAUCAGCCAUGAUGGAAAGGCGGCAGAGUUCUGAAGAGGAGGAGGAGGAUAGCCUCUCAGGAAUAAAUCAUGGCCAUGAAGAGGACCUGCGGAGGGCCAAAAGCUCCUCACAUCAAGACCCUUACCCUCGCGAGCUGAUGAGUGACUUCAAAAGGAGGAUGGAGCUGGACUCGAAAUAAAAAAAAAUGGCUUCCUCUCUGUUGUCUUAGACAAUAAUUAUGAUUUGCCAGUUAAGCCUAGACUACAGCAGAGGGAUUGUAGUUUAAAGCAGAGGCUUUGGUGCAAAAAAUGCAUUUAUAGCCCUUUGUGAGGCUUCUCAUUAUGUGUGGGCCUGAUUCAUUAAGUAAUUGGUUUGCAGUUGUUUACAUGAGUAUUAAGGCCUUCUAUUCAGGGCCUUUGAGAGAUACAUUGUGCAAAUGUUGCAUGUUAUGAAUGCAGAAUGAGAGGCGGGGGGCCAGUGCUAUUGGCCAAACACUGCACUCAGCUGAAAAGCGAGAGAAAAGCACUGGGUGCUGCUUUGCAUAGCAAUGACUGGGGUCUUAAUAAGCUUUACAGAUUAAAUACAUGCAGUCUAUACAAGAUGCAAAGAGAUACUCUUAACACAUUUAUAUGUGCUCAUUUCACUAUUAUGAAGUUGGAGAGAAUUGGGCUCUUUCAUAUUCUUUUUCUUUCCAGUGUCUCUCUUUUCCUUGCUCUCUCCCACACAGUGUUUUUCAGUUAGAUACUUUUAUGGAAUGUUCUGUUUAUUGUAUUAUAACUCGCCGGGAAGCGACUGAUCUGCAACAUUUAUGAAGGAUUUGUCCAUUAGAAAUCUUUUGCUGUCUUUGUGAGUAGCAAAGUAAAAUCACUUUGUGGUUGAGUGGGGAUGAAAGGAAUAAUGCACGAAGGAGUGAGUCUUAAUAAGCAGCUGCACUCCAUGUAAAGACCACUUGUUCCCCUUUGUAUGCGAGUGCAUGCCACUGCUUCCUCUCGUGCAAAGAAACAUUGUGCUCCUUUCUACUGUAGGCAUUUCAGAUGGCACUCCUUUCUUGUUUUUAUUUUGGGGUUUUUAAUACCUUUUUUAUGCCUCCCCGCUCCAUCGCGUACCCCCAUUUUUGAUCCAGAGACGUUGGGGGGGGGGGGAUGCUCGAGCACAUGUGCACAGACACACAAAACAAAAUCUGCAGCCAUCAGACGAGGUGAUGAUUGUUGUGCCUAGUGCCUGCUUGACAAAAACCUUGACUCAACAAUUAGUGGUUUACAGCUUUGCUUUGGACAACAGGAUGUGCUCAAGCAUUCGACCUCAGAUCAUUCAGUGUGUCAAAAUCAGAAGCUGUGUGUGUGUGUGUGUGUGUGUGUCUUUCUCUCCCACACACACAUAUGGGGAGGCUAUGUGAACAUGUCACAAUUCACUGGGAGGAGAGAUGGAGGGGUGAGAGGGACCAGAGCUGAGAGAAGGGGGAGGACACGUAAAAGAGAGAGCAGGACAUAGAGGGGGAGAGAGAGACAAAGAAGUAUUAAUAGGUGGAAAAUCGCAAAUCCAGAAACCAAAAGUGACAUGAGGAGCACAAAGACAGCAGAAUAGUUGGCCGUGUGAGACCGAGCUGCCUUUUACCCAUACUGCAUCUGUUCUUCUAAAUGUUUUUAUAACGUCAGGCACCAAAGUUGUUUUUCUGUGCAUAAACAUUUGACAGUAUGUUAGCUGCACCCAGCCCACCCCACCCCCACCACUCCACUACCACAAACAACCAUGAAUAGAUAAAGGCAGCAUUUAGAGACUCCAGCCAGAGGAGGUCACUGUGCUGCACUGGCUCUCUGAAACAGAUGAAUGCCCGAUUGCUCUUUUAUAAAAGAAGCUGUCUUUCAGGCAUUUUCUGUUUCUGUGUUUUCACAUUUUAUUUGUGAUCACUUUAUUUAACUUUGGGAUUCGUUUAGGUUGACGCAAAACUUUAAAGCCAAAGACGGCACGUGUGUUUUUCUCACUGUGACCCGUGUUGUUAUUGUUCAGAGCAGCUUGGAUUAAUUUAUUCAGAUGUUUCUGGUGCUGCUUUAUUUUCCUGUUUUCUCUACAUUAUUGCAAUUUGUGUGUCGGACAGCCUGCAAAUUUCAGUCCACCCUCGCUUAGAUGAGGCGUUAAAAAGGUGUAACCUGAUCUGUCCUUCAUCCAUCCCUCACACUGGCUGUCUCCACUAGACUGCCACCAGUCAGGACGAGAGCCCGCUGUGUUGAAAUCAUUGGCCCAGUGCCUCUUUCUCUGAGUUGCAGUACUUACUCAUUGCCAGCAGAGAGCACUCACAUGUUAGAGAGCGCCCACUCACAGUGCACUCACAGUUGCCUCUCACUGUUUGCCCCCACUGAGGGCUAUAUCCUGCUACCAUUCAGGCCUGUUAGAGUACAUCUAAACGGAGCCUAAACAAUGUUUCUGCAGGGUCAUAGCUGGGAUGGGAGUAGGAGUUGAUGGGAAUGAUGAGGUGAUGGGUCUCCCUUUACCUUUAGACAAGCACAGCCGCGCAAAAGUGCUAUUGUGCUAUUAGCAUUUGUGUGUGGGUGGCAGAAGCUUAUAAAAAAAAAAGCCAGGGUAAAUAAAAGCAGUUUUCUAGCUGCUGGCAAGGCUGUGCUAAAUGCUUGGUAAGCAUUAUUUCCUCUUACAGUAUUCAUUUUCCCCUAAUGUAACUCUAGGACAAUGCAUGAAAAAAAAUCUUAAAUGUGUCCAAGAACAUGGAUUUAGUCUCAUGACUCUAGCAUGAACAUGACCUUAAAUUGUAAAUUUGUAUGACAGUCUGUUCUAUGUCGAGUUAAAACGUGUGAUUUUGCUUUUUUUUCUGUUCUGUCCAGAUUUAACUGUUGCACAUGAACACGUUUUAGCAUAAUAGGUCAUAUUUAACUUUCUCUCAUAUAACAACUUAACUGUGUUUAAAAAAAAUAAAAUAAAAAAUAAAAAAAUGUAUUAGUAGUUUUUAUUUGUUUCUCAAGAAAAUACCAAAUGAGAAAUAUUCCAUAAAACUGGAUCGAGAUGGUGCUCACAGAGUCAAACGUAGGAUUUUUACAAAAACACAGCAGAGAAUUAUUUAAAACACAGUUGCAGAAAUCCCAGGUACUCUCACAUAAGUGAAUCACUGUGUUAAUCCACAAGAAGUGUGCCAAUUUUUUUUUUCAUUAUUCAAUUUCACUAAUCCAGUUUCUGCAUGUAAAAUAUGUGGUAACAUGAUUGUCCUUGCACAAAAGUGCUAUUGUGUUAUUACGGUGUGUGUGUGUGUGUGUGUGUGGGUGGCGAGCUUAAAAAAGACGGAGUAAAUAAAAGCAAUUUUCUAGCCAUCAGCAGCAGUAUUAAAUUCUUGCUAAGCAUAAUUUCUUCCAGUAGUCCUCACAUUCCCGAAUGUGACUGUUGGGUCAUAAGUGAAAUACAGCCUCAGCGGUUUCAAAGAGACUUUUUUUUUUCUUUUUUAGCUGCAGCUCACAAAACUACUACAGUCUGAAGAUAGUUUGUAUCCUUAUACUAGAGGAACUGAUGUAUUGCCAUCUAACUAUAAUAAAGGUUUUGUUAUUUUAAAGUGCA